AUGCCUAUUAGCCCAGUGGACUUCAUUGACAAGGUAAUUAAGGCAAUGGAUGAGGAGAAAAUAGUGCAUACCACCUACAUAGACCUGGAUGAAGUGUUUGAUACAAUACUUCACUCAGUCAAUAAGAAGCAACCAAAUCCUGUCUGCUUUCAGGUACCAGAAAGCUUUGAAGAUGUUGCUGUCCAGUUUUCAAGAGAGGAGUGGGAGAUGCUAAGUGAACAGCAGAAGGAGCUGCACAGAGAAGUCAUGAUACAGACCUAUGAAAGCAUGGUUUCUGUAGGGUACAACAUACCAGCGGAACGUCUUUGGCUUCUUAUUAAUAUAGAUGAGACAGUCCCAUCUGAUGGCAGUGAAGGAGGAAUGGUGGUGCAACAAAGUCAGCUUCCUGACAGUGGUAUCUACAGUAAGUACACGUUCAGAUAA